AUGGCUCUGCGAACCGAAUUACUGUUGCACGUGAAUGCCAGAAGUUGUAAUGUGAGAAGUUUUGCAAACAGGUCCCCAAGUGACACAGAAACAUCAGGAAUUUCUUCCAGGCACAGCACGACUUCUUCAUCAGAAAACACAAGUUUUUCUUUAGAAAAAUCGUCUCCAGGCUCUAUGGGCUACAAAACUGAAGAUUAUGCUACUGGAUGUAGCACUAGUCCUGCUUCUACUACUUAUGUUGCUGAAAAAGCAGAUUUUACGCAUUUGAGAAACUUGGAUGAAAAUAGUGAUAGUUCCAGUGAUGAAAAUAGUGAUGGUGAAGAUUUGAGCAGUGAUGACUCCAAGAGUAGCAGUAGCAGCAGUAAUAGCAGCAGCAGUAGUGAUGAUAGUGAAAAUGGUGAAAGUGAUGCAGAAAACAACGAUGCUAGUCAUUACCAACAUGGUGAUAAAAUUGCUAAUGCAAAUCAAAAUAUUUUUGGUGACAAGGUUAGUGAAUUAAAAAAUGAUAACUUAAUUCAUGUAAUUAGUGAUGAUAGUAGGUUUACUGAUUCAAAUGAUUCCAACAUUCAAAUGGUUGAAACAUUCAAACAAAUGUUGAUGAUUCUUCAUCGCUUGAACUUAUUAAUGAUAACUGUAGUGACAAAGAUUAAUUGUUUCUAG